CCCGCCGCCGCGCUCCAGCUGGGCGGGGGGGCCGAGCCGGCACGGCCCGGCGUCGCCGUCAUCGACCUUCGCUUCCCCCGCGGCGCCGCCGCCGACGUGCAGGAGAUCGUCUUCAGGAACUUCUACACGGCCUUCCUGAGCGUGCGGGUGCAGCGCCCCGGCCCCACCGGCUCCCGCCGCUGGGUGACCUGCCUGCGGGACUACUGCCUGAUGCCCUGCCCACACACCGAGGAGGGCUCCCAGGACUACUUCUCCCUCCGCCGCCACCAGAUGCUGUGCGACGUGGACCAGGUGACAGCGGUGCGGUUCAUCCUGCGGCAGCCCUCCCCGGUCUGGCUCCACUUCACCAUCGAGGAGCUGCAGAUUUUCCCCCCCGGACAGAAGAGCCCCCAGAAGGAUUUCCCCUCCUGGCUCUCCCAGCUGACCCCUCCGGAGCAGCCAGCCAGCCUGCAUGGGGAGCUCCCUGACCCGGAGAAGGUGUCGACAGAGGUCCAGCAAAUGUGGGUGCUGACGGAGGUGAUCCGGGCUCGCCAGGCAGCUGCCCGCAUCGGGCGCUUCGACGUGGACGGCUGCUACGAUAUCAACCUGCUUUCCUACACGUGAGCCCCGCGGGUGCUGGCCAGAGGGAGCCAGCUCCUCCGCACUCCCAGGGCCCAAGCAGACUCCUGUGCUCCCGCAUCGGCCUUCGUCCCUGUGGCCCCGGGGGGUGUUCCAGGCCCUCCCCGUGCCCCUUCCCGACUCCUCCUGUGCUGGCUGGCAGUGGGGGGCAGCGCUGCCGCCCCAGAGCCCCCCGUGAGCCUCUCCCACCCCGGUGCCCUCCAGCUGCCGCGGCUCUGCUCUUGGCACGUCCUGUGUUGCUGCUCCCUGCUGCGGGCAGAGCCUGGCUCCUCCACCCUACCUCCGCGCUGGGGAGCGGGCCCGGGCCCUGGCCCUGCCUGCGCUGCCUGCAAGACAAGGCUCCUGCGGACAAGGGGGUGCUGGGGCCGGUGCCCACCAUGCU